CAAACCGGCAAAACUACUGGAAAACAAAAAAGAAAGACAAAACUCCUCUAGGGUCGAAGCGUUUCGUCAGCGUCAAUGGAGAAGGAAGCAGAAUCAAGGCGAAAGAGAGAGGUGGAGAUAACAGUGCUAGAGAGGGUCGGUCAGGUCACUGCUUCUAUCAAAGAUUCCAAACACGUCGACCAAGUCAUUUGCGCUCUUCAUUCCCUCGCCCUUCUUGUCUUCCCUCUCGACUCCCGCUCCCUCGCAGGUAGUGUUAACGAGCAGUACAGGGAACAGUUAACAAGUUUGAGACUCCCGGCUACACACGAGAGAAAGGAAUGGUGGCAGAUUUUCUACAAAGGCCCUGCAUUUUCAACAUUGGCCAGGGUUUUGUUAUAUGAUGUGGCUUUUGAUUGGCUGGCAUGUAUCCCCAUUUCUGCGAGGAUGCACGUCUAUGAUGUGUUCUUUUUGAGAGGCCAAGUCAUUGAGGUUGUUCAAAAACUGGUUCCUUGUCUGCAAUGGAGAAGUAGUAGUGAUCAUGGAACCCGUGCCGUCCACUCAAAUGCUGAAAGAUUACUUGUGCUUUGUUUGCUUGACAAUAAGGGAGUUACCCAGAUUGCUCGAGAAUUUUAUACUUACUCUCAUGAUCUUGCCCAAGAAGAGCUCAAGCAGAUUAUAUCCUNAGACGGCUCAUUUUUCUUUCUUCCAAAUAUUUCCGUCAUCCUCUCCCUCUCGUCCUUCUUCACCAUCCUCCUCCUUCUAAUUUGCUUUUCUUUGUUCUUUGUUCCAUUUGUUGCCCCUCUUGGUCUUGUUCCACUCUUCACCAGUGAAUUUCAGCCUCUUCUUCAAGCAUAUCACUGCUCAACUUCUUGCUGGAGCACAGGAAUGGGACGAGCUUUUAGAUGGAGGAACUAA